UGAAUUUGAGGAAGGAAUGGGUGAGGAGGUGGAGUUGAUUCACUCAUGGUCUGCUCCAAGAUCCCUGAGUACAGGUCUCAUGUAUUCUUUUGCUCAGAGGGAUGACAUUGAAGUGCUUGAUGAGCCACUCUAUGCUAACUUCCUUCGAAUCACUGCUCUUGAUAGACCCUACAGGGAGGAACUGCUCUCCAAAAUGGAAUCUGAUGGAAAUAAGGUUGUUAAGGACAUAAUUUAUCGUCCGGGAAGCAAGAAGUAUAGGUUCUGUAAGCAUAUAUCGAAACAAAUGGUACUGGGUUUGACAGAGGAUCUAAUGAAGAACGGAAAGCACUUCAUUCUGAUACGAAAUCCUCUUGACAUAUUGCCAUCCUUCGACAAGGUUGUCCCUCCAACUUUCUUUGAGUUGGGCUUGGCAGAGCUAGUUUGUUUAUACAAUGAACUUUGCGAGAUUGGAAAACCACCACCCGUUGUUGAUGCUGCUGAACUUCAGAAAGAUCCUGAGGCUACUUUACGGGGUCUUUGUAAUGACUUAGAGAUUCCUUUUCAACCUGCAAUGCUCAAUUGGGAAGCAGGUCCAAAACCAAUAGAUGGCUUGUGGGCCCCUUGGUGGUAUAAAACUGUACAUAAAUCUACUGGUUUUAAGGAAGAAAGGAAGUAUCCUCAGCCAUUUCCCUUUUCUCUCUAUGAUUUGUUGGAGCAAAGUCUACCCCUGUACAAUAUGCUUCGGCACCAUGUGAAGAAGAAGUCAUCCCUUCUGAGCCCUCCUUUACCUCUUCCUGAUCUUCCAGUUCCUGCAAAUGAGAAAUUGCUUGCUUGGGUUGGUGAUGAAAUCGUGACACGUGACAGUGCAAAGGUUUCUGUGUUUGAUUCAGUUGUCCAAGGAGGCGACUCGGUUUGGGAGGGUCUUCGAGUGUAUAAUGGAAGGAUAUUUAUGCUUGAGGAACAUCUAGACAGGAUGUUUGAUUCAGCAAAAGCUUUGGCUUUUGAAAAUGUUCCAACUCGAGAUAAGAUUAAGGAAGCUAUUUUCAAAACCCUAAUUAGGAAUGGGAUGUUUGACAAUUCCCACAUCCGACUUUCUCUAACGCGAGGAAAGAAGGUUACUUCCGGGAUGAGCCCAGCAUUAAAUCUGUAUGGAUGCACAUUAAUUGUGCUUGCUGAAUGGAAGCCCCCAGUUUAUGAUAAUGAGCGUGGUAUAGUUCUUGUAACUGCUACAACACGUCGGAAUUCUCCAAAUAAUUUGGAUUCAAAGAUUCAUCACAAUAAUCUCCUCAAUAACAUACUUGCGAAGAUCGAAGGCAAUAAUGCAAAAGCAGAUGAUGCCAUCAUGCUUGACAAAGAUGGUUAUGUAUCUGAAACCAAUGCAACAAACAUUUUCAUCCUUAAAAAGGGCCGUGUUUUGACACCACAUGCUGAUUACUGUCUUCCUGGCAUUACUCGCGCAACUGUCAUGGAUCUUGUGGUGAAGGAGCAGUUUAUCUUAGAGGAGCGGAGAAUCAGCCUGUCAGAAGUGCAUACGGCAGAUGAGGUAUGGACAACAGGAACCAUGGGAGAACUAAGCCCAGUAGUGAAGGUUGAUGGACGCACAAUUGGUAAUGGAGAAGUAGGACCAAUAACUAGAAAAUUGCAAGCUGCUUAUAAAAAGUUGGCAGAACAGUCUGGUGUACCUAUACAGAACUACCUCCAUGCUUGAAAGGUGGAACUUGGAAGUGUGUGAAAAUUGCAGGUGUCCCACUACUGAGAACUACCUAUCUUAGCUUUUUCCUCUCAUCGAGAAUAAUAAUGUAUUACUUUAUUUUCUACUUUAGGGUUCU